AUGGCCUCUCUUGGCUCAGCCUCCACGUACCGUGCCUACGGCCAAGGGCACGGAGAGCCUUGCUUCGAGGGUGACCUGCGGCGUGGGCCCUUCGGGGCACGGGCGCACGAGGCCUUUGGGUACCCAGGGUCUCCAGGUGCCAUGUACCCCUGCAGCCUGGGCACCUGGGUGCGUGCUCAGGGUGACACCUACCAGGUGGUAGCUGACGUCAGCCAGUUCGAGCCCCCUGAUAUCGUAGUGACCACCUCCAACUGCCACGUCGCCAUCCGGGCUGAGAAGGUGGCUGAGGAUGGCACCAUCUGUGACACCUUCACCCACAAAUGCCAGCUGCCUGAGGACAUGGACCCGCUGUCGGUGAGCUGUGCCCUCACGGAGGGUGGCACACUGGUGAUCACUGCCCGGCGCCGUGUUGGUUCUCGCCCUGGCGAGUCCCCACAGCUGCUGUACCGCAGUGAGGCCACGCUGUGA